UGGAGUCGGAGCCGCCGCGCGCCAAGUUCGGGUUCCGGGCACGCGCGGCGGUCACGUGGCGGGCGCGGGUCGCGCAGGUGGCGGCGCGGGAGCGGGUCCGGGUCCGGGCAACCUCACCCCAGAGCCAUGGAAACCCCAGUCCACGGCACCGAGAAGGAUGGAGGUCUGUGGUCUGCACACAACAAGAUGCUGGCACAGUCCCUGAAGGACAAUGACGUUGAGGUUUACAACAUCAUCAAGAAGGAGAGUAACCGGCAGAAGGUGGGGCUAGAGCUGAUUGCCUCUGAGAAUUUCGCCAGCCGAGCUGUUUUAGAGGCCCUGGGCUCUUGCUUAAAUAACAAAUACUCGGAGGGGUACCCAGGCCAGAGGUAUUACGGUGGCACUGAGUUCAUCGACGAGCUGGAGCUCCUGUGCCAGCAGCGAGCGCUGCAGGCCUACCACCUUGACCCCCAGAACUGGGGCGUCAACGUCCAGCCGUACUCAGGUUCCCCUGCCAACUUUGCGGUGUACACUGCCCUGGUGGAGCCCCAUGGGCGCAUCAUGGGCCUGGACCUGCCUGAUGGGGGCCACCUCACCCACGGGUUCAUGACCGACAAGAAGAAAAUCUCCGCCACGUCCAUCUUCUUCGAGUCCAUGCCCUAUAAGGUGUACCCCGACACGGGCUACAUCAACUACGACCAGCUGGAGGAAAACGCCCGCCUCUUCCACCCGAAGCUCAUCAUUGCCGGCACCAGCUGCUACUCCCGGAACCUGGACUACGCGCGUCUGCGCAAGAUCGCGGAUGACAACGGGGCCUACCUCCUGGCGGACAUGGCCCACAUCAGCGGGCUGGUGGCGGCCGGCGUGGUCCCUUCACCUUUUGAGUACUGCGACGUGGUGUCCACCACCACCCACAAGACCCUGCGUGGCUGCCGGGCCGGCAUGAUCUUCUACCGGAAAGGAGUACGCAGCGUGGACCUCAAGACGGGCAAGGAGAUCCUGUACAAUCUGGAGCCCCUCAUCAAUGCGGCCGUGUUCCCAGGCCUGCAGGGAGGCCCCCACAACCACGCCAUCGCUGGUGUUGCCGUGGCCCUGAAGCAGGCCAUGACGCCGGAGUUCCGGGCGUACCAGUGCCAGGUGGUGGCCAACUGCCAGGCGCUCUCCGAGGCCCUGACCCAGCUGGGCUACGAGAUAGUGACAGCUCUGACUUGGUUUCCAGGUGGUUCCGACAACCAUUUGAUCCUUGUGGAUCUCCGUUCCAAAGGAACCGAUGGUGGAAGGGCUGAGAAGGUGCUAGAAGCCUGUUCUAUCGCCUGCAACAAAAACACCUGCCCAGGUGACAAAAGUGCUCUCCGGCCCAGCGGUCUGAGACUGGGGACUCCAGCACUGACAUCCCGUGGACUUCUGGAAAAAGACUUCCAAAAAGUAGCCCACUUCAUUCACAGAGGCAUAGAACUGACGCUGCAGAUUCAGAAGGAAAUUGGUGUCAAGGCCAGCCUGAAGGAGUUCAAGGAGAAGCUAACAGAGGAUGAGAAGCACAGAGGGGCUGUCAGGGCUCUCAGGGAGGAGGUGGAGAACUUCGCUUCUGUCUUCCCUCUGCCCGGCCUGCCCGACCCCUAAAGGAGCUUGGCUGCCCCCAGACCCAGGACAGCGGGGUGGCGAGGAAAUUGCUGGCCCGAGGUCCCAGCACCCUGCAAGGCAGAAGGCCCCAGAGGGGCCACAUCACUUCCGUGCCCCCUGAAGGGGUUACUUUUUGAACUUUCCUCCUGUAUUUUCUUCACAAAUUGGAUCAAAUCAAAAUUUGUUUAAAGCCCAUUGUUAGUAAUUUACUGUUAGUUAUUAAGGAAUUUAAGUUUGAACCUGUCUUCCUCAGCCGGAUGUAAUUAUUCUGGAAAAAUAGAAGACUGUCUAGCCACGGAGCCUCAGCUCCCCGGACAGGGAUGCAGGGAACACCCUUCUCCAGUGGCGUCUGGGCUUCCCAAACUUGCUGCAGCAGACAAGAAACACUCAAGUUAAUGGCUCGUAAAAGCUGCCAUUCUUAAUGUUUGGUUACCCGGUGUCUUGCCAAAAGGAGCACUGGUUUAGGAUCAUCAGCUCUGAGGGGGGGGAUUCUUCAGAAUGCGCUGACGUGUGCUUUGUAUCAGAAUAAGCCAGACACGUCCGCACAGGUGCUGCCCAGUGGGGUGGGGGGCUGGUGGGGAACGUGGAAGGGCCAUGACCCCGCUCCCCACUGGAAUCAGAAAGCCCAAUGUUGCCUUCCCAAAGAAACUUUAUUUUUUCAUAAAGUUGAAGUGCAAAACAUAGAUGACCAUUUUUAACCACAAUUACAUUUUAACCACAGAAUGUCUAGAAGAAUAAUAGCUUUAAAAAAUACAACUAAGUUUUAUAUCUCAAAAAAUAUCUGAACUCAAAUAAAUUAAAUCUUUAAAAAGUA